UUCUGAAGACAGGCGACCGACUGUCCGUGUCUCCGGGCUCGCUGGUCAUUCGGGAGGUGACUAUGCACGAUGCAGACAUUUACCAUUGUGUGGUACUGAUUGGUGAUACAUUGCCCUGGAAAACGAUUAUAGGAAACGGAACCACAUUACAUAUCCAAGCGAAGCCAGACAUCUCCCUGACCCUGGAUCCCGGGGUAGAAGGCCCAGAGACGCGGAGCCUGACUUGUGUGGCCGCCGGAUUCUUCCCGAGGGAGCUGAACAUGUCCUGGGCUGUCGUGGGCCAGUUGUCCUAUGAAACAGAAGCGGGGCCGCUGAGGGAGAACGGGGAUGGAAGCUUCAACGUGAGCUCCAGGCUGCGGCUCACCGACCCUCGGCUAGAGGCGGGCAUGGUCGUCACCUGCCUGGUUCAGCACCUCACGGGGACGGGCUCGGUGAGCGAACGUUUCCCUCCCAUCCCAAGAUCCUCCAAGUAUCAUUUCAUUCGACUGAGUCUGAUCCUAAUAGUACCAAUAUGGGUCUGGAUUGUGUAUAAUUAUCACAGUAAAUUGAAGAAAGGAAAAGAAUCAUCUGUCCAUGACACAACUGUUGAUAUUCAAAGCAUGAGAAACCGAAAUAACUCAGUAAAUGAGGAUAAUCUUUCAAUAAACAAUGAAAAUCUGCAUUAUGCGCCUGUUUAUUUCAACAAGGGACAGCGAAGACAGGAAUUGAGAUGGACCGAGCAAUCCCAAGAAACAGAAUAUGCCGUCUUAAAGGUCAAAGAUAAAAAUAAUUUAUGAAG